GCAACGGUAUCGGCAAAUAAAGUGUCUGCGCAGUUCCAUUUCAGCAUUCUGAAAUAAACGUGUGGAAUAUUCCGUAUCACCUUUGAUUUUAAUUCCGAUAUUUUCAGUCGUGGGUUUGUGACAAUUUAGGUCGGAACAUCCGAAGUUUCAACAUGUCGAAGAAAGAAAGCCAAACCACCGGAAAUGAUGGGGCUCGGCUCUUUAACCAGUUUAAUCCUGAGGAUCAUCCGCGCGACGAAGAGGGCCAGUUCGUGGAGAAAAACGAUUUUAACCCUGAGGAUCAUCCGCGUGGCAAAAGUGGCCAGUUCGUGAAGGAUAAUCAAUUUGAUCCCGCGGAGCAUCCGCGUGACGCAGAUGGCCAGUUCGUGAAGACUCAUGAGACCGCGCGUGAAGAGCUGAGCGCAGCUGCCAAGCUCUUCGCGGAUACCAUGCCACGCGAUGAUCAAGGUCGUUUCGUUGGCGAGAAGAAAUAAUGGAAGGAGGUGGAACGUCACCGUUCGGAGUGUGUGUAAAGAGGGUAACUGCUGUUGCGCGUGGUUGCUGACAGCUGUGCGUGAUUGGAAGGUAUCCCUACUUCUCUUAUUAGUGCACUCAAUCCAGUUUCAUAGUUACUCGGGACAGAAAUAAUCUCGUUUUUUAACAUUUCAUUCCUGGAUCUGAAAAAUAGUUGUCUUGUUCCGUCGAUUUGGUAUCUCUAACCUGUGUAUAAAACAACUUGAGAGAAGCUUCUUUGUAAAUAGCUGUUAGCCAGUUGUUUGGUUUAGAUUGUGUUUCCUACUUGUUAGCGCAACAUGGAUAGAAGUGAUGUUACUGUUAGUACGAACGCAAGAUGUUGAUAAGAAAUUAAUUAAAUUAACAAAAAUUAGUACAGUACAUUAACAAAAACUGCAGCAAUUUCAUUUUUACCAUGACCUACAGGGUGUCAGGACUCAGGUGUAUAUGGUAAGUAAGUAGUUUCGUUGUCGUUAUGAUUCUGCGAGAUGCUUUCAGUAGAUUUAUUUUCAGCGAUUCUUGUAACUGUAGCCUGCAGUGUGACUUGAUUUUG